CCUUUCCAAGUGAAGUGGCCCUUCCUUGUUCUUUCUCGCCCCCUCUCUCUCUCUCCACUCCUCUCUCCGAUCCUCUCCACCAAAUAAAGACCAGAAAUAAUCGGAUCGUUCCCAAAUAGAAUCCCCAACUGCUAGCUGCUAUACCAGAUUAAGCCCGGCCGGCCCUCUCGAUUCGCCGCUUCAACGUACGUAGAGCUAUCUGGCUUGUACGGCAGAUCCAUCCGCAUCCGUGAUCGAUGGUGGCCACGGCGGCGGCGGCGGCGGCGCCCGACGAGCGGCAGAUCGUGCCGUCGGACGCCAGCAGGAUGAAGAAGCAGGGCCGCCGCGGACGCCGCGAGAUGCGCCGGAUCGAGGACGCCACGAGCCGCCAGGUCACCUUCUCCAAGCGCCGGAACGGCCUCCUCAAGAAGGCGUACGAGCUCUCCGUGCUGUGCGACGCCGAGGUCGCGCUCAUCGUCGUGUCCCCGAGCGGCCGCCUCUACCAGUUCUCCUCCGCCACCGACUUGCAGAAUACAAUUGAUCGCUACCUCUACCACACAAAAGGCACACCUACAAAUGAGAGAGUUGAUGAACCAGGCGUAGAGAAGUGGAAAUAUGAGGCUACAACCUUGGGACAGAAGAUUGACGCGAUUGAGGCAUCCAAGAGGAAUCUUCUUGGGGAGAGCCUGGGAUCUUGUUCAAUUCAGGAGCUACAAGAGCUGGAGCUGCAGCUGGAGAAGAGCCUAAGCAGCAUCAGGCAAAGGAAGCAAAAGAAGCUGAUGGAUCAGAUUUUGGAGUUGAGGGAGAAGGAGCAGAAACUCGCAAAGGAGAACGCGAUGCUCCGCGAUCAGUGUAAGGCCCUACCUCUUCUAGAGCUGAAUGAUAAGGGCCAUAUGGAUGCUGCUGCUGCCGGCGGCGAAGAAGAAGAAGCGGCGGAUGAUGGGCGCAUGGAGGACGUGGAGACGGAGUUGGCCAUCGGAAUCGGAACAAGAUGGCCGCCGCGCAGCAUCAUGGAUCGCAUGACUAGCAAGCAUCAAGACAGCUAGCUCUUGGAUGAUCAAGUAUAUGUAAGUUGUUGUGUCCAUAAAAAAAAAGAGAGACAUGCAUGCAUGGUCGAUGUGGUCGUGAUGAAUAAUAAUUUGCGAUUCAUGUUGACGGCAAAUAGUACUCGUUCAAGAAGAUGUUAAGGUAGUGGGCCCGCCUAUCUCAUUCUCAACAGAGAGGAAAGUAUUUAAUUUAGGCAUGCGGAUGCGGUCAUAUGCAUGUUUAUAUCUUUUUGGUAUAUUAUAUAUAUAUAUGCAUGUUUAUAUC